AUGGUGCGAACCAAAAAAAACGUGCCUAUGCAUAACCCCAUGAAUAAUAAUGCAAGAGUGGGGAGCAUUAAUGGAGAGACAAAUCAGACAGUACCGAACAUAUCACAUAAAGAAAUACGUGCUAGAAAACAUACUAACAAUGUCAAUAUAGGAAAAGGGAAUAAAAAUUCAAUUCUAGAAAAAGGUAUGAAAAAAACAACACGUAUUAGAAGACCACAUAGAUAUAGACCUGGUGUAUUGGCAUUAAAAGAAAUAAGAGCAUAUCAAGCAUCAACACAAUUGUUAAUUCCAAAAAUACCGUUUGUAAGAGUUGUUAAAGAAAUUACUAGAUUAUUUGAACUCCCAGAUGAACAAUUACGUUAUACACCCGAAGCAUUGUUAGCACUUCAGACAGCAUCUGAAGCUUACCUUGUAAGUUUAUUUGAAGAUGCAUAUCUAUGCUCCCUUCAUGCAAAUAGAGUAACUCUCAUGCCCAAGGACAUUCACCUGGCCCGUCGAAUUCGGGGUCGAGAUUGA